AUGAUAAUGCUGCGACGACUAAAGGUCUUGGCAUUAGUGGCACCGCUCUUGGCAGCAUUUACUGACGCCUAUGCGAUCAGCGGCACCGUAUUCCUUCCAAACGAAGUGACAGCAAAGGUCGAACCUUUAAUUGUAAAGUUAAAUGGCGGGGAACAAACGACUUUUGUGCGCUCGGACGGUUCCUUUUUGUUCCACGACGUGGCGCCUGGUCGUUAUGUGGUGGAUAUUCCAUCCACACGAUUCUUGUUUAGCCAAUACAAAGUGGAUGUAGGAGUUGAUGGUCUCAUUCGUGCACUUGAGUACAAGUAUGUGGGUGCUUCCAAGACUAGUGCUAACUAUCCACUCCUUGUGGAACCUGUCAAGCAGCUCGACUACUUUGAGCAACGCGAAAAGUUUAAUCUACUUGGAUUGAUAAUGAAUCCAUCUUUCUUGACUAUUGUAGUGCCAAUUGCAUUGCUAUAUAUUCUACCUAAACUAACAGAGGGAAUGGACCCGGAGGAAAUGAAAAAGGCACAGGAAGAAAUGGGAUCGACAGACCCGUCGUCACUAUUGGCUGGAAUGCUGGGCGGUGGCCAGACAAAUGUUGAUGACAGUGACGAUGAUUAG